GUUAUCGCACCCUUCAUUCGCAGAAACAUUUUCUGCAACCGUCUUAGCAUCUGUACUGUACUGUACAUUACUUUAUCUUCUCAUCUCAAGUUACAUCAAAGCAAACCCAAGCGUAAAAAGAUCAUCCCCAAUAGUCAUGGCUACACGUAUACAAUUCGAAAACAGCAGCGAUAUCGGUGUAUUCGCAAAACUCACCAACACAUACUGCCUAGCUGCCAUACAGGGCAGCACCAACUUUUACUCCGCUUUUGAAAGCGAGCUGGGUGAUGUUAUCCCCAUCAUCCAUACAUCCAUCGGCGGAACCCGUAUAAUAGGACGAUUGACGGCUGGCAACCGACACGGUCUCCUCGUACCAUCUACAACCACCGAUCAAGAGCUACAGCAUCUGCGCAAUGCUUUGCCCGAUGCCGUCGCGAUCCAACGUGUCGAAGAACGUCUUUCAGCCCUCGGAAAUGUCAUUGCCUGCAACGACUACGUCGCCCUCGUCCACCCCGAUGUCGACCGCGAGACCGAAGAGAUCAUCGCAGAUGUACUAAAAGUAGAAGUUUUCCGCCAGACGGUCGCUGAUAAUGUCCUCGUGGGCAGUUAUAGCGCGAUCACGAAUCAAGGAGGACUAGUCCAUCCUAAAACAAGUAUUCAGGACCAGGAUGAGCUGAGUAGCUUGUUGCAAAUUCCACUAGUUGCUGGAACUGUGAAUCGUGGUUCAGAUGUUAUUGGCGCGGGUCUAGUGGUAAAUGACUGGUGUGCAUUUACAGGCCUGGAAACAACAGCAACGGAAAUAAGUGUCAUCGAAGCUACCUUCAAGCUGCAAGGACAAGAAUCCACAGCAGUCAUUGGAGAGAUGCGCGAUUCCCUUAUCGACAACUGGGCAUAACCACAGACCACCCUUAUAUCCUAAUUCUCAAGCUGAUACCUCCGUCUCCAUCCACCAAAUUCAACCUUCAUUAUCAGAGAGCAACCUCUAUCCAUCUUGGGCUGGCGACGCACACACUUGUAUCCCUACAUUGCUGGACUAGAUUCGCAUCUAAUAAAGCAUGACAAAAAUGACAUUGCAGCAGUCGUACACUUCAUUGCGCUAAAAAUACACAUUUUAUCCCAUUAAUGUUAAGGUAAAAAAAGACCACGUCGCAUCACAGCCUAAACAUGCAGCACACCUGUCGGUUAUGCUACACAAACUUCAAGGCUUUGGUUUAGUUCUAAAUUUGGAGUGAAAGAAUCAACCAUCUUUUCCAGUAAACGAUUGAGAUCAUGUUCGUCAGUUUUCGUACCGCCUGAUGAGCUAGAAUUGGUGUCGUUGGUAUCGUUGGCGUCAUGGACUCGUCGUGUCUCCGACGACGAAGUGUCCCCCUCACUGAAGCUGCUUUCUUCCGCUGUAACGUCUCCAUCGACAUUCUCCCUUCUUGACUCCAGUUCUCGCUCCUCCUCCUCGUCUUCUUCUGUGAUAACAUCUUUUGCUCCUGAGCCACCGACAAAAGUUUCCUCCGAAUCAAAUGCCUGUUUUUCGUUGUGUUCUAUAAUUUCGGAUAGGAUGCUCUGCUCCAGGCUUUCAAUUCCACAAAAGCUAGCUCCCCUUCGUGCCCGCUUCUUCUCUCUAAGCCUUGCUAAACUUUUGCGCCUCUCCUCCAUCCACGCUUCUUCGUCAUCUUCGGACAUCAGUUGCAGAGACCGCCCAGUGGUCCCGACCCAUUCCUCGCAACGCGCUAACACAUCAAUAUUUGCAGCAGCAAGGACAUCCACUAU